CUCUCUCGCUAAAGUUCAAGAAAGUCAAAGUCAAACCAAAAAAAAAAAAACGAUGAUGACGAUGAGGAUGACGACGAUGCGAUCGAUGGGAAUCAAGGAGGAAGACUCCACCAAAGAGGACGGGAUCGAUAAACUGGUCGAACUGCUAAACCUGCCAUACUCCCAUAACGACGCUCAUCAACUCAGACAACUGUCCAUCCAAGCCCACCAUCAGAUUAGUCUACUCUCAAAUGAUACCACCACCACCACCACUACCCUCGACGGUCUAUCUGACCAAGAGAUCCUCGACCAAUUGAUCCAAAAAACAGGCAUCGCAGAAACACAAUUCCAAGCAAUAGAUGAUCAACUCUCAGAAUCGACUAAGGAAGUACAGAAAAUGAUGGGAAAAGCGCAAGAAGAAAUCGCAAAAUUAAAGCCGAUGAGUGAGCGAAUACACGAAGAGUUUAUGAAGUAUGAGGACGAAUACAUCGACCAUUACGAGUCUCUCAAGCCCCUCCCAACUUCGCUCGAGAAUGCACCGCAGAGGGCACAAGAAGCAAGGAGACAGCCCAAGAACUCAUCCGUCUUGAUCGAAUCGAUGUCCGAGCAGAUCGAAUGGCUGAAAGAACUGGGACGCCUGAAGUUGUGGUUCAGUGUCCUACUCGACUUCAGGGACCACACCGACCAGUUGGUCCAAGGAGCCACCCAAACAGAUCCACUUUCCUCAACAAACUCUUCUUCUUCUUCUUCUUCGAUCAGAGAAAUUGAAGCCCUUGCCGAUCGACUGUUCGAGUUAAUCCAAUCCUAUCAAGACUUCAGUCGACUCACUCCUCCGAACCACUUCUCACAAUUCAACCUAUACCAGUACAUCUACCAGAUCAUCAGACAAUCCCUCAACUCUCUCAUCGAAAUCAUUUCUGGUCAUGUAGCACAGACUCUGGAGAAUGAAAUCGAGUGGCCUCAGCCCAGUCGUGCUCCUCUUGACUUCAAGUCACCCAGCACGAAACGCAUACUGGAUUCAUUCAAGACCGCCGUCAAUUUCCAAAACAAGUUGCACAGUCGUCCUGAUUUGGUUUCACUGGUCGAGCGACGACCCGAUCCAGUAGACCAGUCGAGCGUGAUUUGGCUGCCCCUUCUGGAGGGCUCGAUCCUUCUCAAGGCGAUCCUAAGGCCAAUCAUCUUGCGUUUCCGGUUUCAUUUUGACGGCCAACGGGCGACGAAUCGACUAGAUAAGCCUGAAUGGUACUUCAAUCACGUACUUGAUCGCUUGGCCGAGCAUGAAAAGUUCAUCAAGUCUGACAUCCAAAAGUUGUUUGAAUUGAGUGGCCAGGGCUCGACGAAAGUCUUUAAUGGGUUUACAGUCCAAUUGAUCAAGAUCGUCGAGAAGAAGCUCAAACGGAGUAUCCCUGGGAUCUUGGAGAUGAAGCCGAUUUUGGCUCAUACUAUCGAAAAGGCAAUCGGAUUCGAUCAAAUGAUCCGUCAGAUGCAUUAUCUUGAGUCCGAUUCCUCUAAGACUGGUGUUCCAUCCACUACUCAAUGGCUAGGUACAGUCGAUGGGAUCCUUUCAAAUCAGCAUUGGUUCAACAUAUGGUUCGAGGCCGAAAAACGAUUUGUUGAUGAUAUGUGUUUAGAGAUUAUCAGCUCUAAGGAGACCUGGGAAAUCAAUGAUGAAGACCAAAGACCGAUCAGCAUGAACCUCCCAGCGACCAAUUCGGCGCUGAGGAUCCAAGACUUAGUGGAGCAGAUCAAGAGCAAGUAUGAGGGCUUGCCGAGGCUGAGUUACCAGGCAGAGUUUCUGGUCAAGAUCCAAGUGGUCGUCCUGGAGGCUUAUUCGCAGCGGAUCAGUGGGGUCCUGGACGGCUUCGAGCGUAACCGACUGAUGAAUGUCGUGGGCGGAGACUCGGGUCGGGCUAAGAUGAAUCUGGGGUUGAAGGGCCUCGAACGACUGGCCAAGGUCUAUGUCAGCUGUAAUUGGAUCUUGAGCUGCUUUCGAUCCUGGAACGAUGACCUGUUCUAUGCCGAACUCUAUGAGAAACUCAAGCAGGAGAAGACCCCUCCAACGCCGGAGGUCGAGAGGUUCUUGAGAUCUGUUGAGGCGGUCGGGGCCUUGGAUCCGACCCUGUUCAGUCCCUCGGUCGUCCGGUUUGAGGAGCUCGCUAAGCGAACCGAGGCGGCGAUCGUUCGACAAGUCGUCCAAGAGAUCAUGACCGAAUUGAAGCCCUAUUUCGCCAAGCGAUGGGAUAUUGAGGAAGAAGAGGGUGCGGAAGGAAGUCCGGGAGAAGUGGAUGAGCUAUCGAGGGAGAUCGUCCCUGCGAUCAGUCUGUGGAAGUCGCGGAUGAACUACUUGCGACAGACUGUCCAGCCGACGGUCAAGUUGGCCCGACUGGUGAAGCCGAUCGCCAAGGAGAUCGAGGCCAAACUGCUGCUGAAGAUCAUCUUUGAGCCCUUCUCGAUCCGGGCGAUCACCCGUCGAGGCGGUCUGCAGUUCCACUUCGAUCUCCUCUUUGGAUGGCUGAAUUUCUCGACGAGUGGUACUACCACCCACUUUGGUUCUGGGUCGUCGGAUCAUCAGCGGCAUUCUUCGUUGAGAUUGGAGAAACAUUUCGCCAGAGUCUUGGAUGCUUGUACUCUCUUGGCCCAUCCUCUGCGUCCGUCUUCUUCGGAGGGUCCCUCGUCUUCCUCACAAUUCUCGUUCGAGGAGCUCGUCCGUCUCUGCUUUGAUGAGCUCCUCGACGAGUCUCAGCUUAAAAGCUUAUUGAAAGAGCGCCUUCAAAUCUCUUCUCUCUCGAGAUCCGAGUGCCAAGCGGUGUUGAAAAGAAGACCCGAGUGUUGGAAGACUUGAUU